AUGGCAAUUGCACCUGCUAUCGGUCUAGUUGCACUAACAAAGACUAUCAUCAAGAUUAUAGUUCAAGAAACAGUUGAAAUUUAUGAAAAUACGACAUGUACUGAAUAUACAUGUCAAAUAUUUUCUGAAAGUGGUAAAAAUAAAUCAAUGUUUUCAGAAAGAGAAUUCUAUCUUGCCACUCAUAGGUUCAGGAAUACAUUGAAUCAAGCCAAGAGUUUUGCGGAAGAAGUGACCAAAUUUAAGGGAAUUAAAAAAUAUUGGAACGCUAAUAACGUGAGAAAAAGAUUUGAUAGGUUAAUGAAAGAUUAUGAUGGUUACAUGGGUGAUUUGAACACUACUAUUACAGUAACGAAUGCAGUUCAACACAUGAUUGAUAUGAAUAGAAUUAUAAAAGAAUUUGAAAAUCUUGAUAAGUUUCUUAAAAAUAAUAAAAAGAGUACUGACAACAUAACAAUACAAGAAAUAUCUUGUAUUCAAAAUCAUCAACUGACAAUGAUUGAUUCAAAAGACUUAAGUGAUCCUGCCAUUAUAGAAAAAAAAACUAGUAAUACUGUUUUUAAAAAGUUAUACAAAAAAGAUACUGAAGUAGCAGAAGUAGCAUGUAAACCUAUCAAAGGUCAUACAUGGGAAAAGUCACCAAUCAAGCGAAUAGAUUUUAUAGAAUUGUCUUUGUCGUUUAAAGAUUUAGCAUCUGAAUGCACAACCCCUAGCGAUCAUUCCCCUAGCAAUUGUUUAGGACUUAAACAAGAUAAUGCUACAGAAUCAGAAGAAAUAGAAAGUUCUAGUAUCAAUCAUGUUUCUUCAAUACCAAAAAGUGAAGAUAAAACUAUUAGGCCAAUGGAUUUAGUAAUGCGAGUUGAAGAAGGAUUAAACCUUCACAAUGAAGAAAAAGAAAAUCAUUCGGAAAUAAGUGAAGAAAUGAUUAAUUAUCUAACACUCUCAGCUAAUAAUGGUUAUGAUAAAGCUCAGUAUAAUCUUGGUAUCUAUUAUUUACAAAAGGAUAAACAAAUGGCAUUAAAGUAUUUAAAUCUAGCAGCUUCGAGAAAUAAUAACGAUGCUAGAGAAAAAUUAAAAGAGCUAAAUACUGUAGCAUGUGACAUUACUCAAAGCGUUAAUAUAUUGAGACUUGUAGUUAAGACAACAUAUGUCAAAUUGAAGAGAUCUGAAAUUUAA